AUGGCUGUUGUAUCGACUUUGGUGAACGCAAUUCCUUCCCCUAGCAACUUGCUUGUCUAUGCAUUCCUUGCCCUAGGUGUCUACAUUAUUCUCAACAUUUUGAAUCAAUGGUUCGGCCCCAAAGACCCUAAGCAACCACCUGUUGUAUUCUCUUGGAUUCCUUUUAUGGGAAAUGCUAUUGAGUUUGGCGUAGAGAUUGACGCGUAUAAAAGAAAUCCUAUCAAAUUUUUAAAGGACUCUCAAAAGAAGUAUGGUGAUGUCUUUACCUUCCAUAUGGUUGGUAGAAAAGUAACCGUUCUUUUGGGCGCAGAUGGUAAUCAGUUCGUUUUCAACUCUAAACAGAACUUGUCUUCUGCUGCUGAAGCUUACAACCAUAUGACCAAAUAUGUCUUUGGUCCUGAAGUUGUUUAUGAUGCUCCUCAUAGUGUCUUUUUAGAACAAAAAAGAUUUAUUAAGGCUGGUUUGAACUCAGAAUGUUUCCGUCAACAUGUGCCUAUGAUUGUUGAAGAAGUGACUGAGUUCUUCAAAGAUUAUCAAAAGCCCCAAGGCAAAUUUGACGCCUAUCACACGUUUGGUUCUUUGAUUAUUUGUACGGCUUCUCGCUGUUUGAUGGGUAAAGAAAUUCGUGCCAAUUUGGAUGGCAAUGUUUCAAAGUUGUAUUAUGAUUUGGAUCAAGGUUUCCAGCCCAUCAACUUCAUCUUCCCCAACUUGCCUUUACCUUCUUACCGCAGACGUGAUGAAGCUUGUAAGAAAAUGGCUGAUCUUUACUCUAGCAUCAUUCAACGUAGAAAGGCUGAAGGUGAUAACUCAAAUGCUGAUUUGCUUCAAGCUUUGAUGGAUGCCAACUACAAGGAUGGCUCACCUGUUCCCGAUAAGCAUAUUGCUGGUAUGAUGAUUGCUGUUCUUUUCGGUGGUCAACAUACUUCUGCCACCACUACUGCCUGGACCAUGCUUGAAUUAGCUGCUCGUCCUGAUCUUGUCCGUGCUUUGCGUGAAGAACAAAUCACUAAAUUAGGUUCUCUUAAGGCUGACUUGACCUUUGAAAACCUUAAGGAAUUGACUUUAUUGGAAAACUGUGUCAAGGAAACCCUUCGUCUCCACCCUCCUAUUUUCCAAAUGAUGAGAAAAGUAAUUGCUGAUAAGGUCACUUUUGAAAAGACCGGUCAUGAAAUCCCCAAGGACAACUUUUUGUGUGCUGUUCCUGGUGUCACUCAAACAGAUGAAACUUACUUUAACGAACCUCUUAAAUACAAUCCUAUGCGUUGGGUCGACUUAGACGAUCCUGUUCAUCAAAUGGAAGCUGGCGAUGAUGCCAAUGUUGACUACGGUUUUGGUGCUGUUGGUAUUUCUUCCAAGAACCCCUUCUUGCCUUUUGGUGCUGGUCGUCAUCGUUGUAUUGGUGAACAAUUUGGUUAUCUUCAAAUUAAGACUAUCGUUGCCACUUUGCUUCGUCUUUUUGAUUUUGAAUUAGAAGGUAAAGAAGUUCCCAAGCCUGAUUAUACUUCUAUGGUUGUUGUACCCGAAAAGCCUGCCAACCUCAAGUACACUUGGAGAGAAUAA